AUGAUGGUAAACAAUAUCAAAACAGAACUGCCAUACCCGGCUCCUAAUGGGGUUUUUACCCAUCGGGUUUUGGGUUUCGGGGCCCCAUUGCCAUCCCUAGGCCCAUUAUCUUCGGGUAGUGUUAUUUCCAUCCUCAAAAUCCGGAUUACAAAACCCCGCACUGCAACUGCCCUUGCACAAAAGCUCACCCGCCCAAAGAGGGAGACACAGAAUUUCGCCCUGCCGGAAAUGCUUACUUACAGUUUCCAUCAGUACCAGGUGGUGGAGAGAGCUCUGCCGGCGACGAAGGAGCAUCCGAAAAUCUUCCGAAUGAAGCUAUGUGAGGAGCCUAAGUUCUGUUUCAUUGUCAAUUCCCCAGCUAGAUUCUCCUGUGGUACCUCACUCCCCCGGUUGACUCGCUUGAAGAGUUCUCCUAUCACAAUCACUCAGGUUGUGGAGGAGUUAACACCAGACUCUGUUGCCAUUAAUGGGACAUGUUUAGAUGGUUCUGACCCAGUUCGCCUUUUCGAGAAAAGGCUGAGUGCUAGAAGAGAACCUGGCUAUGAGUUUGACAAGGUGUUGUUGAUGGAAUACGACCACAUGAGCUUUGGAGGGCCUCCGGUUACCACCGAAACAGCUGAAGAAGCUGAUGAUAUUUUGCAAAAUGAUGAAAAGGAGUCUGGCAUUGAAGCUGAGGUUCUUUCAGCACCUCCGAAGUUGGUAUACAGCAAAUUAAUUCUGCGUUUUACACGAAAACUUUUGGUAGCAGUGACAGAGAAGUGGGACAAUAAUGUGCUUGCAAUUGGUAAAGUUGCACCCAGUAAUUGGAAGAACCAGCCAGCUGCUCGAAUUCUGGAGUUUUCAGUUCUUCACUUAGCAAUGUCAGAAAUUGCAGUUCUUGGUACAAGGCAUCAAAUAGUAAUUAAUGAGGCUGUUGACCUUGCAAAGCGUUUUUGUGAUGGGGCAGCGCCUCGUAUUAUCAAUGGCUGUUUGCGGACUUUUGUGAAAGAGCUCAACCAAAAUGGUGAGACCGAAAACGUGAAAAUCGUACACACUGUAUGA